AAUAGCGAAGAAAUCCACGAAGAUGUUUCAGAGGUGUAUACAAAAAUUUUGUUUCUUUUUAUGACGGCUGCUGUUGAUGAUGGAACGUUUUUGGGCAAACGAAAUCAUCAGUUGCUGAACAAAGAAAACAGCUUGUUCAAUACGAAACGACUGUUUCGUGCAAUUUCCAUCUUCAAACGAUCAAACACUGUUGCUGUUGAAAGGAUUAUUCGGGAAGCUUACUCAUCGAGGCAGUUUACGGAAGCCGAUGUCUUGUCAAGCAUCAAGACUGUUGGACAGGUAUCCAGUUUUCCAUUUUUCAGUUUUUUUUUCCAUUUUUCGGAUCCAAUUUUCCAUUUUUUCAUGUUCUCUGUAAACUGA